AUGCGGGGAGGAGAUCGGCCAUCUGCAUCGCUCCUGCUCUUCUCGCUGGGGCUUGUGCUCCUCUACUUCACCUCAGGCAGCACCGUUGGUCUCGUGGAGGGACAGAAAACCUGGUGCAUCGCCAAGCCGUCGGCGUCGAACGAGAUCCUGGCGCAGAACCUGGACUACGCGUGCUCCCAGCGGCCGUACGAACAACACAAACGAUCAGCGGCCGUCCGAUCCAAUCUCAUUCUCGUCUCGUUCACCGUGACCUACCCAAACGCGUCGCCGCCCGGCACCACUCCGGUCCCCCGCGACGGCAGGAUGCGGCGGCAGCCUUUCUCGCGGCACGCCGGCUUCUUCGCCUCCCUCCAGCGGGUGGAAGACCGGCUGGCCUCGGAGUCGGAGCAACAACAUCAGGAGCAGAAGAAGAGCCCGCCGCCGCCGACAACGGUAGCGGCAACGGCAACGGCGCGCCAAUCCGAGGCGUCGCCGUUCUCGGACACCAUGACCGCGUCCCCACUCCUCUUCCUAGACCCAGCAGCACCCGCACCAACGCCCAGCGGCACGGCCGCGAGGCGCGACAUCAGCGGUCCGGCGCUGGACUUCCUCACCGCCGUCACCGAAGAGGACCAGCGCAUCCAACAGGAUGACGACGACGACGACGAAGAUGACGGCGGCGGGGAGGACAUCGCGCGGCUCAUGGCGCUGCUCGGCCUGUCACCGCCGCAACCGCAGCCGCCGGGGGGCGGCGACAGCAGCAGCCGCACCGACGACGGCGACGGAGGCGGGUGCGACUGCAGCGGCGCCGACGGGUUCCUGGCCAAGGUCGUGGGCGUGGUCGGCCCCAAGUGCGACAGGGAGGAGGGGAGGCUGGACGCCUGGAUCCGCCAUUACCACCGUGGGGAAGGCGGGGGAAGGCGGCGGGUGCAGGGAGCCCGCGAGGCUGGUGCACCUGCUGCUCGCCAGGGCUUCCGGCGACACGGCGGCCGUUGCGUUCCCGGCCAGCGUCAAGGACUUCUUGGACCACGAUCCGCCACGGCAGUUGACGGACGAGUCAAAGUGAUGCAAACGGAGUCACGGUUUUGUGAAACUGAUUGA